AUGGAGCGGGUACCUCCGGACCCUGAGAAGCUGUUGCAGCCUGCACCCCUGGAGCCGCUGGGCGGCCCUGGCGCUGUGCUGGAAGCUGCGGUCGGUGAGGAGACCGAGGGCACCCGGGAAGACGUCUCAGGGGCCGACACGAUGACAGGAAAUAAUUUUUGGUUGAAGAAAAUAGAAAUCAGUGUUUCAGAAGCCGAGAAGAGAACUGGAAGAAAUGCCAUGAACAUGCAAGAAACGUACACUGCUUACCUCAUUGAAACGCGCUCAGUAGAACAUGCCGACGGUCAGAGCGUCCUCACAGACUCGCUGUGGCGGCGGUACAGUGAGUUCGAGCUGUUGAGAAACUACCUUUUAGUGUACUACCCACAUGUCGUCGUGCCACCCCUCCCAGAAAAGCGGGCAGAGUUCGUGUGGCAUAAACUCUCUGCUGACAACAUGGAUCCAGACUUUGUGGAGAGACGACGGAUAGGCUUAGAAAACUUCCUCUUGAGGGUCGCUUCACAUCCGGUCCUCUGUAGAGACAAAAUCUUCUAUUUGUUUCUAACACAGGAAGGUAACUGGAAGGAGACUGUGAAUGAGACUGGAUUUCAGCUGAAGGCAGACUCCAGGUUAAAAGCGCUUAAUGCAACAUUCAGAGUGAAAAACCCAGACAAGAGAUUCACGGCCCUCUCAUCAUGCCUUCUGAGUGCUGGACUUGCUAGUAUGUGUCACUACACCUCGCAUAUUCUGUUCUGCUGUUGCUGUUCAUUGCAUUCUUUUUUAGUCGAGGCUUACAGCAACACUGAGAUCAGGUGUAGACACCUCCUCCAUCCGUUUCCUCCCAGACUCUCCUUCUCCACCUCUCCCAGCAGUGCACUACACAGACAGAGCUGGUUGCUGGUCUGAGCUCACUGGGGCAACUCUUGCCAUGUGUGGUUUGGGAUGAGUGUCUACUGCUGCAGGGCCACACAGAGUAGACGUAACUGAUGUCCUGAAAUCCUCUCUCCCUCCACUCGAGUGACUUUUUACUUUUACUAUUACCAUAAUUUAUCCUCUUUAGUACUGACAUACCAAAUAAAAAGGUAGCCUUUCAAAUUGGCCUCUUUCAUUGAGCUCCCAUUAAGGUUUUUAAAAAUGUUACAAUGACAUGCAUGUUUAAUAAUAGGUGUUUUAUAGAUCAGAACUAAAGUUACAAGUUAUAACUAAAAGAAACAAAGUUUGUGACAAUGGUGGAUGUAUAUUCAUUAGAGGAUCUAUUAUUUUUAUUAAUCCUUUAAUAUUAAUGUUUUGUAAACUAGCUCUUUUAAGUCAAAUGUUUAUCAGUGUAAUGAAAAAGACUGUCAAUUGAAUUUCUUCAUAUUUUUCUUGGCUAUACAAGGUUAUUUGAAUUACUGGGUUUUAUUUAUCCAUAUUGUUUGUAGGUUUUUAGAUGGGAUUUUAAAUGGGAUGUGGCCACUAAUAUUAUCAUCAGAGUAUAAAAUAAAAUUAAUGUGUAGUCAUAGCCGUUCAGACUUUCUGUAAUACACCAGCUUCCCAAUAAUGGUAUGGAGAUUUUUUAUGAAUUAUGAAAGCUUGGCCUUAGCUUAGGCUUAUUCUCAACUAGCUGUUACAAUCUAAUUAACCUGCUUAUUCUAAUCUGAGUUCUGCCAUGUGGCUCUGUAGUUCCCUCUUUUUCUCGGCUUCUGGCAGGCAGAUCUUGUGCUACCUCAGAUUCUUUCCCAGAGCUCCUAGCUCCCCUGGAAUCCUGCCCUUCCUCCUCUGCCUGGCUAUAGGCCAUUCAUCUCUUUACUAAACCAGUCAGAGGAUGGUAGGGAAGAGUUUCUAUAAAACACUGAGCCAGGCGCUGCUCCCCAGUCUCCAGCCUGCACUCAGACUCUGCCAGCACAGAGAUCAGCAUUUGAAUAAUGGAGACAGUCUUUACACCGCGCACAAAAGGAUCACCCUAACCUGUAGUUGCAAGGAAAUUUACUUGUUUUAAAUCCUAUUUUAACAGAAUCUUAAUAUGUAAAAUCUCUGUACUAAGUCUGAUUGGCUCAGCUGAUUAAUAAUAAGUUAAAAUAAUCACUUCAUUACUAAAAUGGUAUCUAUUACAAGAAGGCUUCACUCUUAUUUUCCUAAAUUCCAGAAAACCAGAAUAAUUAUUUCAGAGAGAUGACCAAAAUGCUGUUUCUAGUACUUGCUUCAUAGAAGCUCAUUUUUUCCCAGACCUAACUGUUAAAAGCAGUGAGAAGGGGGAUCUGCUGGCAUCUUCUGUUUUACAUGACUUCAGGGCUCUAUAAAUGCCCUUUACCUUGCACUGAGAGUAUAAAUGCAGCUCAGGUUCAUUUGUGGCCACUCAAGGCCUCUUUAUGUUGUGCUGCAAAUAAACUAAAUCCAUUCAGACAGAAUUGAGAGGAUAAGCCAGCUAGAUUAUGAAAAUUUCGGUUUUAUUUUUAAAUCUACUAGUUUGUUUUUGUAUAAAUAAACAGUUCUGAUCUUGUGUCCAUCAUAACCUUGCCAAGAAGUUUAAUUUACUGUGACUUUAGUUGCUAAUUUUUCUUGCCUGAAAAAAAAAAAACAAAAAUACUGGCUUCAAUUAAAUCAUAUCUAAUGUCACAGCUCUUCUUUUAAAGGGGAACUACAUGGUAACAUUUAAAGGACUUGCUUAGGUCCUUUGAGUCUCCACAUCUUCUACUUCGCUCUCUUUCCUGUGCUAAGACUGUAGCAUAAAUGGUGUAGAGUCAAGUUGCCUUUAAGAGGCUCAGGUCUUGGCAGUGCAGCUCAGUGGGGAAAGCACCUGCUAUGCAGCCUGACAAUUACUUUGAUCCCUAGAGCCCAUAUUAAAAAGCCAGAUGUGAUGGUGAACGACUGGUGAGAUGGGAGGCGGAGUCAGGAGAAUCUCCCAGAAGGCCACAGGCCAGCUAGCCUUGGUGGACAGAAAGACCUAACUUCUCCACAUGUAUGCCAUAGCACACACAUGCUCACACCCACUUACUCACACAGAAAUAGGAAAAAUAAAAAUCAAAACAGAGCAGAGGCUUGGAGCACUGUAUUAAGAGUCCCUAAGGCUGGAAACGCAGAACCUGGAGCGAAAGGCGGCAGCUGACUAACAUUUGUGGUUUCUAUACUAACACAGACUCACCAUACACUGAGCUCCUUUGCGGGUGGUGGGGUCUUCUCUUAGGUGAUGGCUGAUUGUACAACUGUAAAGGUGUAAGUGCAGUCUGGAGAGUUGGCUCAGUGUGGAAAUGUACUGACAGCUCUCGCAGAGGUCUCGAGUUCAGUAUCCAGGCACCCACAUGGUAGCUCACAACAUCUGUAACUCCAGUUCCAGAGGAUCCCAUACCCUCAUAUGACCUCUGUGAACACCAUGCACACGCAUGGUACACACACAUACAUGGAGGCAAAACACUCACACAUAAAAUGAAUAAAAAUUUUUUUGAAGUGGGAAAGGGUCUCACUAUGUAUCUGGUUCCUAGAACUUACUAUAUAGACCAGACUGUCCUCGAAUCUACCUGCUUUCUGUCUGCUGAGUGCUUGGAUUAAAGGUGUGCACUACUAUGCCUGACUUUAAGAAGGAAGGAAGGAGUUUUAAGAAGAAAGUAUAAGAGAAAUCAUAUGACUUAAUACUUUCAGAGUAGUAAGACAGUCAAGACUAAAACCAUAAGGAAACAGGAGAGCAAUAUAAAAUAGACAACAGCUGACUUAAACUAUGUUUGUGCCUUUGGGCUUCCAGAUUGAAGAUACAUAUUCAGAAAAAAGCCUUGAGGGAGGCCAUUUCCAAGAUGAGUUUUUUAAAAUUUUUUUUUUUAAGAUUUAUUUAUUUAUUAUAUAUAUAAGUACACUGUAGCUGUCUUCAGAUACACCAGAAGAGGGCAUCGGAUCUCUUUACAGAUGGUUGUGAGCCACCAUGUGGUUGCUGGGAAUUGAACUCAUGACCUCUGGAAGAGCAGUCGGGUGCUCUUAACCACUGAGCCAUCUCUCCAGCCCCCCAAGAUGAGUUUUAAAUAAUGAUUUAUUUAAUGAUGCGAUUUGCUUGGGGCAGCCGUGUGUCCGGUUGAGACGGUGCAGUGACUGGAGGUUGGAAAAUGUAGCAGUAGGGGAGAGAAGGAGCAGUGCAGUGUAAUGACUGAGGCAGUGUCUAGGAAGGAAUAGGAGGUAAGCAGGGUUGCAUGGUGUAGACAGCCUGGCUCACAGACUCCAUUGGGAUCUCUGUUUACAUGAUAGCUCUCCGCUACCUCUGAUUCAGGGAUUGGUCAUGGUUGGUGUUGUGAGAGUAUGGCACUCAGACCCGAUCAUGUCUGUGUCCUUAGUCUCUAGCCAUACCAUGUCACAGGUUCUGAGACAGUCCUUAUUUUGAUGUGCAGACAGUGCUGGAUUUUGACUUUGGCAAAGACUUUAGCUCUCAAUUCUGGAAAAUCCUUGCCUCCAUUUCUCACUGCUGCUGCUGCUGUCCAAGGCUUGCUGGAGUCUUCAACCUCGCCUUGAAGCCUUCCCAUGCCCAGUAUCUGGUCUCUGAAGACCGUCUCUCUGGGUGUCUGAGUCUUAAUGCUGGCUCUGGUGAUGUGAUUGAUCCCACAAAGAUGCUGUUUCCUCCCUAACCCUCCUGUCACUUGAAAGGAAACACUACAUUCUGUUCCUCAGGUGGUAAAAGAGUGGUGUGCCUUGGACAGUCUGUCAUCUGGCAUGUUAGGACCUUGGUUCCCUUAACUUGGGUGGACUGCACCAUCAACUGCUUACUUCCUGUGAAAUUUCUCAUAACCCAAUGGGACAGUAAGAACUUUGUAGUUAGGCCUGAUCUAAAAGGAAAGGCCCUUAGGGAAUCAGGCCUAGAAGAAUUAACUGUAAAGGAUUUCUGACUCCUAGUCCUUAGCAUAAGAUUUGAUCAAGGCUUGUACAUAGUAGUAUACACCUUUCAUCCCAGCACUUGGUCUAGGCCAGCCACGGUUAUAUAGUAUAUAGACCUUGUCUGAAAAAACAAAAACAAAACACAAAUAUAUAAGAUUUGAUGAAGGACUGACGGAGUUUAACAAUUUCCCCCAACCUUUACUAACACUGCAAUGCAGUUAUUAGCCCCUGCAGGAAAAUCUGCUAGCUAAGCACUGGCUCUCUAUAAAGAAAGCACUUCAUAAUUAUUUAGGAAAAUAUCUUCUUUAUAAUUUAAUUUAGACAUCUAAAAGUAGUUUGACUGGGUACUCUACCCUAAUAACUUGUCAGGCGUAUGUGCAGAUUGCGGUAUAUGGAGAAUUAUAAAAUGAGAAGUCUCACUCUCUCACUGUCCAUUCCCACUUUCUCCCCCAGAGUUUGAUUGUCUCAAAAGUGUUAAGAUUUUUAUCCUAUAAAUGUAAGCAAAAUUAUAGAGUCAAUUUUCUGCCUCAGCUGGGGUGUAAACAUGUCUUUCCAGUGUGGGUUGAUCAAGGACAGCCACGCUUUUGGCCCUUUAAUGCCCAGAUUAUUUCUCAGAUGAGAAGCACGGCCGUUAGAGGAGUGCCUGGAGCAGAGGCUGUUUGGACCUCAGGCUGGCCAGCAGCUUCUGACUAGAUAAGCAGGGACUCUGGGUAGUGUCCUAAGCUGCAUUAUUGAUGUCAAACCUCAGGGCCGGAGAGAUGGUUCAACAGUCUGUUAUUUACUGUUCCCCAGAGGUCCUGAGUUAGGCUCCCAGCAGCUGUGUCAGGUUAGAAUGUGUGAGCCGACUUGUGGUCUGGUCAGGGCAGUUAGAGAAUUCCAGGAGAGAGAAGAUGCUGCUGAUACUGCCCUAAGGGACUGGCAGAGAGGCUGGGGGAGUGCAGGUAGAUCUCAGCAGUGCUUAAGAAGCAGAGCAUAGGGGCUGGUGUAAGGAGAGGGUGUGGGUGGAGGAGAUGAGGACAGAAUGCUCUCAGGCUCCACUCUCUAAGGCUGUGGGGAGCAGAGCGUGUAUGGGGUGAGGUGGGGAAAGAGAGGUCAAGCUUUGGCUCUGUCAGUAACUGUAAGAGUGCUUGCUGUUCAGGGAGGUUAGGAGAGAGUUCCAAGGUGGAGGUAGGAAUGUGGUGACAUACUAUCAUCAUAAUCAUAAACACAGUCAUACAAAUGAUGGAGUGAAUGUUUAUUGAAAGAUUAAUGAGAAGAUGGCUGAGGAUCUAAGACUUGCACUCUUACUAUGAGCCUUUCCAGAGUGUGACCUGAGGGUAACCAGCACCUGAAACCUUGGGGUAAGGUGGUUUUAAUCAGACCUGAGAGUGGACCUCUGCCUAUGGUGCCUCACUCUCUUCUCCCAGUGAGAGACCCCAGUAGUGGCUUUGGCUUGGGCUUUUUAGUGUUGUUGUUUUAAAGAUAGUACCUUGAUCUGUAAUCUACAUUGACCUCAAAUUCACAGUGAGCCAUCUGUCUUAGCUUCCCAAGAGCUAAGGAAUUAUAAAUGUAAGCUACCAUGCCAAGGUCUCAAUAGUCAGCGUGCAUGCGUGCAUGCGUAUGUGUGUACAUGGUAUAUGUGAAUAGAUAGAUGCAGGUUCCAGAAGAGGACAUUAGUCUUUGUCUAUUGCUUUUCACCUUACUUUUCUGAGAUGGUGUCUCUCCCUGAACCUAAAGCUCACCGUCCAGGUAGCCUAGCUGACCAGUGAGUUCCCAGGAUCCACCCAUCUCUACCCUACAAUUUCUAAAGUUACAGACAUGAAGGCCAUGCCUGACUUUUAUGUGAGUGCCUAGGAUUUGAACUCAGGUCUUCUGGCUUUCCUGGACAUCUCUCUACCCUACUCUGUCAUCUCCCCAGCCCCUCUCAGUAGGCUUUUUAAAACAGACAUUUCAGAAAUUCUUAGAUUAGGGUAAAGAAAGGGAGUAGUACUACAGAAGAAACUUCAAGGGUGACUUGAGAGUACAGUGGGUUAACUGUGGUAAAAAGAAGUUGGGAAGUGGGGUUGGGGGUUUAGCUCAGUGGUAGAGCGCUUGCCUAGCAAACG